GUGCAUUCGACAAACUUAGCAUUUGCGACAUUGUCAUGCUUACGUCGUGCAUAUCUUAUAUCAUAAUCACGCUUUGCACUUACAGAUCGAAAUUUCUCUAAGUCACCACAUACCAUACCAUGGACAAUCUCCAGGCUGGUAUAUACCGGCCACACGACACUGCCGUCGUUUAUGUCUGCGAUUGCGAUUGAUCCCGAGUCUUCCAGCGACUACCUCGAUCGGGUGAUUGACCCGGUGCUUCAAGAACCUCCAACUAAGAAACAGAGACUCGACUCACUCGAGGAUGCCGACAUUCAGAUCUCGUUACCACCUGUCAAAAUUGACGAAUCUGCUCUAGUACCGUCCGUCUCCUCAGCAAACGAGCAAACGGAGACUCUUAAUAUAAAAAAUCCACUGGAUCACGUUCUCUUGAAACCUCGACCUCGACCUAUCCCAAAAGUGACCCCGGUGCCCUCAACCAAUGCCCAAACCAACUCACCGGCACCUUCCAACGACUCGAUACCUACGCCAUCCUUAACGGUGACCCCAACAAACUCCGACUCUGAUGCAGCAUCGCUCUCAGUCAAGAGAGAGCUGCUUGUAGCUGCGCCCGCUAAGAAAACUCGUCAACCCAGUGUGAAACCAAUGCGUAUUGGCACGAAAGUAACACCUCGUAAUCUGUGUGCACUCGAUUGGCAAGCAAAAGGUCACCAGCGUGAACCGGCUAGUGCAUUCGCACUCUACUGGAACAAUCUGUCGGCCAGUAUCAAGGAGGAAUACAAACGAAUGGCCGCAGCGCAGGUGAGUGUCGUCGUGCCUGCUGGUACUAUAGGCCACUGUACUAACUGGUUCUUCUAUUACUACAGAUUGGCUCUUCUUCGACACUCCAAGGCAGGGACAGUGAGAAUGAGCACCAUGACUAGCGGUGGGAUCCCGAUGGAUGUGUGCAGGCGUCGAGAAUCGGGAUGGCGGGCGAGGCGGCGGGAUGGCGGGAUGGCAGCGCAGCGCGCAGUGGGUACCCCAGUGAUAGCGAUACCUAGCGAUACCCCCCAAACAAUAGCGAUACCCCUCGAUAUUCUGAUUUGAUUGCAUUAGCUGUGUAUCGAUUACAUUUUUGAUUCAAAUCGAGCGAGAAUCCGUAUGUAAAUGUCUAUCUAAACAGUCUCGAUCUGUAUCUUUUUGCGUCUCGAAAAGUGCCGUUUUUUCGAAAGACCUCGAAACGCAGCGAUAAAUUUGACAGCCUCAAUUUUUCUAGACGUAUAUCGUUACGUAUCUACCUCUUUCUCGUCGAUUUUCACUGGGCCUCAAACUCCACUGUCUCC